AUGAGUUGCAGGGUCUCUACCCUCUGCCGCUUACUCCACCGAAAACCACCGGUUUUGGUGCUCUCGCGACCAUCAACCACCCACGUUUCACAUCACAGUGACACCGAUCAAGACCAUGCCUUUUUGUGCAUUUACUGCCAAAUCUUUGGUUACAAACGAAAGCCAUUAGACCCCACUCGUUUGGAACUCUUGCCCCAUUUGCGAAGUGACCCAUUAUCCUCUCCGCUUCUUCUUAACAAGUUUGUAUCCGUUUGCGCAAAGUCGGUUCUUCUUGAUGUGGGUAUUCAGCUGCAUGCAUCCAUUGUCAAGUUGGGAUUUUCUUCUAACGUUCAUAUAGGCAGUGCUCUCAUUAGUAUGUACUGCAAAUGUGGUGUUGUAUCUGAGGCUCAGAAACUGUUCGAUGAAAUCACUGAGAAGAAUGUGGUUGUUUGGAAUUCCUUGAUUUGUGGGUAUUUACAAGUUAAGUGCCCUUUGAUAUCUGUAAAUUUGUUUAUGGAUAUGCUUAAGUUGGGGAUCGAUCCUGCGCCAUUGACCAUGUCAGCUGUUCUGGUAGCUUGCUCCCAAAUGGAAGCUUAUGAGCUGGGAACUCAGCUGCAUAGUUUGUGUUUGAAAGUGGAGUUUGACCAUAAUGUUGUCCUUGGUACGAAUAUGAUUGAUGUGUAUUCAAAGUGCCGGGACCUGGAAGCGUCGAGGAGAGUUUUCGAUCAUAUGGUGGAGAGAAAUGUUAUAACUUGGACUUCCAUGGUUUCUGGAUAUGCCCAAAACAAUCAACCAGAAAAGGCAAUGGUUUUGAUUAGAGAAAUGCUGCGUUUAGGUUUUAAUCCUAAUCAUGUCACUUACAAUAGUUUGCUGAGUUCAUUUUCCACGCAUGACCAUUUGGAUAACUGCAGGCAAAUUCAUUGUUGUGUAAUCAGAGAAGGUUUUGAAGCUAAUGAAUAUGUUGUGGUCACCCUCAUGACUGUUUACUCAGAAUGUAAUGGCAGCUUGGAUGACUUUUGGAAAGCUUGCUCUGGUAUUAGUAAAUGGGACAAGGUUUCUUUGAACGCACUCAUUGCUGGUCUCUCAAAUUUAGGAUAUGGAGAAGAAGCAUUGAUCCGUUAUUCAUUAAUGCGGGAAGCAGGCAUUGAAACAGACCAUUUUGUAUUUUCAAGCAUUCUCAACUCUGCAGGGAUUACUUCGGCCCUGAAUGAUGGGAAAAAGAUCCAUGCUCUAAUUCUCAAAUAUGGGUAUGCUUCAAAUUUGAAUGUGCAAAAUGGGCUUAUUUCAAUGUAUGCUAGAUGUGGUAAUAUCAGUGAUUCAAAGAAAGUGUUUUCGUCCAUGGAUAGCCAUGAUGUUAUUUCCUGGAAUUCACUUUUGUCAGGAUAUGCCCAUCAUGGUCAUGGCAAGGAGGCUGUUGAACUGUUUGGGAAAAUGAAAAGUAAUGAAAUCAAACCCAAUGAUACCACCUUCUUGGCUGUUCUCACAGCCUGUAGCCAUGUUGGCAUGCUGGAUAAAGGACUGCAAUAUUUUGAGUUGAUGAUGAAUGAUAAGACACUUGCCCCUCCGAGAAUGGAACAUUAUGCUAUAAUUGUUGAUCUUCUUGGCCGGUAUGGAUAUCUUCACGAAGCAGAGUCGAUUAUCAACAAAAUGCCGAUAGAAGCAGGGCCAUCUACCUACAAAAGUUUGCUGAAUGCUUGUCAAAUUCAUGGAAAUAAAGAAAUUGCUCUACGCUCUGCUGAAACACUUCUGAAGCUGUACCCUGAUGAUCCUGCAACUUACUUACUUCUAUCAAAUAUAUUGCAUGACAAGGGUAAUUGGGCUGAUGGAGCAGGUGUACGGAAGCUUAUGUAUGUAAGAGGACUUGCAAAAAACCCUGGUUACAGUUGGAUUUGA